AGAAAAUGCCCAGCACUUCAUUAAUAUAGUGCUGAGCACUGCAGAAGAAGUCAGUCAUGGCCUCGUCGAUAUUACAGGGGCUCGAGGUCCAUUUUUACCUGCCAGAGAAACACCAGAUUAUUCAUCUCUCAGGUAGAUUCACAGCAGAUGAACUGUGUAUUGAAGCUGCUAAGAAGUUGGGUAUAUCUCCUUUGUGUCACAGUUUUUUUGCCCUGUAUGAUGAAUAUAGCAAGCUCUGGUAUCCGCCCAAUUACUCCUUCAAUAUUGACGAGACAACCAGACUGAAGCUUUUCUAUCGCAUGAGGUUUUAUUUUACGAACUGGCAUGGGAACAGUAAGACAUCUCCUGCAGUGUGCAGACACUCUCUUAAACGAGGGGCGGGGUCUACGGGCUCAGCUGUGCUGGAUGCAGCUUCACUAACGUACCUUUACGCACAGAGUCAGAUUGACUUUCAGAGUGGUCUGGCACCGCUGCGUAGCGCUAGCAAUGAGUAUGACGUCCAGCAGAUAGAAAAUGAGUGUUUGGGUAUGGCUGUGAUGGCCAUCUCCCAUCAUUCCAUUGAAAAAGAUCUUCCUGUCUGUGAAUUUGAGUACAAAAAUUACAUUCCCUGGGUCCUAUACCAGUCCAUACGUCACAGGAACAUUCUCACACGUCUUCGCAUCUCCAACGUCUUUAAAGAUUUCCUUGAGGAAUUCAACAGGAAUACUGUGGAAGGCAACAGGAUCAGUACGCAUGACCUGAAGGUCAAAUACAUGUUGACUUUAGAGACUCUAACUAAACACUUCGGCCAGGAGGUGUUUAAACCCUUUUCCCUUAUCAUACAUGACAAUGAGCAAAUACUCACAGACUCCAGCUGUGCUGCUGGUGUUGACCACAAAGUCCUGGUGUCUGGCACCUCUGGCAUUCACUGGUGUAAAGUCCGCUCUGUGACCUGUUCAGAUCUGUGGACCAAUAAGAAGAGACAUAAAUCAAAGAGAGACCGUAAGAAAAGUAAAGAAGCAUCAUAUGAUCCAGGAGAGGAUAGAUGGACACUCUUUUCAGACUUUAAUGAGAUAACGCAUCUUGUCAUCAAAGGCUGCGUGGUUACCAUCCACAAACAAGACAACAAAAGCAUGGAGCUGACGUUGGCGUCCCACGAGGAGGCGCUGUCCUUUGCCAGUCUCGUAGAUGGAUACUUUAGGCUCACAGUAGAUGCACAUCAUUUCCUCUGCAGGGAUAUUGCUCCUGUCUCAUUGGAAAUUAACCUACAAGAUGGCUGCCAUGGUCCAAUCAAUAAUGAAUAUGCCAUCCAUAAACUCAAGCAGGAAGGUUAUGAGGAGGGCAUGUACCUGCUGCGCUGGAGUACUCAUGACUACGAUCAUAUUUUCCUGACUGUCAUAUGCAAUGAGAGGGAUUGUUAUGGCAGCAUCACCAAAGCCUUCAAGAACUUCCAGAUUGAAGUGAGCGCACAGGGCUUCCUCCUGACUGGGACAGAUGUUGUGAAACCCACUCUGAGAGAGCUGACGGACCACCUGUCUAGCCAGUGUCUCUCUACAGACCAAACCAGCUUAAGACUUGAGCAUGGCUGUCCACCCCAACCAAGAGAGCAAUCCAACCUCGUCCUGAUGACCAGAAAAGAUUCAGUGUCACACUCUUCAUUAAGCACCUUCCAUAGGAUCUUCAAAGAGGACAUUACCCAGGACAAACACCUGGGUCAAGGCACUCGCACAAACAUCUAUGCUGGGUGGCUGAAGUUGAGAAAUGAGGAUGAUGAGGGGGUUUUGGGCCUCCGGGUGGUGGAUGUGGUUCUGAAGAUGCUGGUAGCAGGACACAAUUACAUUUCUGCCUUCCUGGACACAGUCAGUGUAAUGCGACAGAUAUCCCAUAAACACAUGGUUCUGAUGUUUGGCAUAUGCAUGCACAGCAUGGACGUCAUUAUGGUGGAGGAGUUUGUUCAGUGCGGCCCUCUGGAUCUGUUCAUGAGAAGCCAUCGCUCUGAUCUCACGCCCCCCUGGAAGUUCCAAGUUGCGGAGCAGCUUUCCAGUGUCCUCAGUUAUUUGGAGGAUAAGAAGCUUGUCCACGGCUAUGUCUGCGCUAAAAACAUCCUGUUGAAGCUGGAUGGUCUAAAAGGACAGGGUGGUCCUUUCAUUAAACUGAGUGAUCCUGGACUGCCCAUUUCCGUGCUCAGCCGAAGGGAGUGUGUUGAAAGGAUCCCCUGGAUCGCCCCGGAGUGUGUUAAUAACCCCAAAGCACUGAGCGUUGCAGCAGACAAAUGGGGGUUUGGGACCUCACUGUGGGAGAUUUGCUACAAUGGCGAGGUGCCUCUGUCUGAGAAGAAACUCUCAGAGAAAGAGCGAUUCUAUGAGGUGUGCGGUACUCUGGUCACUCCCAGCAUCAGUGAACUGGCUGAUCUGAUCUCCCAGUGCAUGAACUAUGACCCCCGGAAGAGGCCGUUUUUCAGAGCCAUAGCGAGAGAGCUGGGCCGCAUCAAAGAGCAGCGAGAGCAGGAACUUCCCAUUAUAUCAGGGGUAAUUCCUCCACAGGAGACUGAUCCUGCAGAUUUCAAGAGGAGAUUCCUCAAGAAAAUCCGAAAACUUGGAGAGGGUAACUUUGGGACGGUGGAACUGUGUCUGUAUGAUCCUAAUGGAGAUCAGACAGGUGAGCUGGUGGCCGUCAAAUCUCUGAAAACACAGAAUGAGAGCAACAACCUGAGAAAAGAAAUCAACACCAUCAGAAACCUUUACCAUGAAAACAUCGUCAAAUACAAAGGCAUCUGCAAUGAAGAAGGAGGAAAGAACAUCAGGCUCAUUAUGGAGUAUUUGCCCGCUGGCAGUCUGAAAGAAUACCUGCCGAAUAACAAAUCCGACAUCACACAGAAGAGACUGCUGCUUUAUGCUCUUCAGAUAUGUCAGGGAAUGGAGUACCUUGGAUCUCAGAACUACAUCCACAGGGAUCUAGCAGCGAGGAACAUCUUAGUGGAGAAUAAAUCACUUGUGAAGAUCGGGGAUUUUGGUCUGACUAAGAGCAUCAAAGAUGAUAAGGAUUAUUACAAAGUGACAGAAGAACAGGACAGUCCUGUGUACUGGUAUGCUCCAGAGUGUCUGAUUAGUCGGAAGUUCUAUAAGGCAUCUGACGUUUGGUCAUUUGGGGUCACCCUCUAUGAAAUUAUGACCUACUGUGACCCAGAAUGCAGCCCUCCACAGGUUUUCAAGAAUAAGAUUGGUCAGUCUCAAGGGCAGAUGACUAUGGCCAGACUGGUAGAAGCUCUUGAGAAAGGCUGGAGGAUGCCACGCCCAGAUUCAUGCCCUGAUAUGGUGUACACUCAGAUGCACAGGUGCUGGAGUCAUGCCCCAGAAGACAGAGUGGACUUCGAGAGCCUGAUUAAAGAGUUUACGUUUCUCUCUAGAGAAAAAAUCUAACUUCCUUUCAUCACAUCAGGUUCACCUACAGAAUUCAGAUUCAUUUGGUCAUAUUUUUCUAUACAUUUCAUUUUCUUGUAUUUUUCUAUACCUUCCUCAUUAUAAGAACUAUUUUGCACGUUACUUUCUCUUUAAAUCGUUGUCAGUUAAUCACCUACCUCCAAAACAGUUUAUACAGUGUAAUCUUACAGGUACUUGGCUAACAAAACAGCAUACACUUAGCAUUUAAGAAUUAAGUUCUAAAAAGAUUCAUUUAUAAAAACUAAACCAGUUAUUUUAUGAAAGGUAAAAUGCAGAAGUGCCUUAUUAUCACAGGAGACAUAUUUGUUGUAUUUUACUGUAAUAUCUAUGACAUAGAUAGAUAGAGAGAGGAGUGGAUGAAUAUUGUCAUAAUUGUAAAAAAAAAAAUGUUUUAAAUAAAAUGUUCCUUGAUUUGAAAUGUGUCCUAAAGACAUUGUUUAUUGUACUGUAAAUCCAGUUCUGGUUUGAAAAAAAAAGUUUCUGA